AUGGUAUCGCGAAGGCGCGCCCGCUCCGAGGUGGAUGCUGCUCCGGAGCAGCCACCUGAGGAGCAGGGCUUCCUUCAGAAGCUUCGAAAUUGCUGGGAGUUCGCGAAUGUCAUGCAGUACAUUGCCAUUUUUGGGAAACUCAUGAAAAUAGACGAAGAUUUUGGUAUCGAGGACCUAGAAAAUGAGUGUAUGAAGCAGGAGCCGUCUGAAAAACUUCUUGAGAUUGGACUUUGUCUGCUCAAAUGGGUGUCGUCGCAUCGUGGCCUCACCUUCGACAACUUCGAUGAGUACACGCGACGCCAGUAUAACGCGAAAGCACCUCACAUCACGAACCCCUUUGGAUAUGACGAGGUACCCAAUAAGUUCCUGGACUUUGAUGUGUUUUUGAAACUGCGCGUUCUCCACCAAUUGUCCAUUUGGACUUUCUGGAACCCCGAUCGCAUCCGAGACAAGAUGCCGGAACAGCGCGAAUUGGAUCAGACACAAUGGCGCAUUGAGGAGGUAGGCUACGACCGCGACGGCCGAUACUAUUACAUCCUAGACGACAACAGACUCUAUCGUCGUACAGAUCCUCCCAUCCCGGCUCCGAAGCCCGCGAAGAGCAAGUCCCGGAGAAAGAGCGCCCGCGCGGUGCGAGCGUCCAAGCGCAGAAAGGUGACAGGCGCAGACCCCGUGGAAGAGUCCGAAGAGGAGGAUACCGGGGCGAAUGGAGAGGCUUCCAAAGAUCCCUUCGCAGAUAUGCAGUGGGAGUGCGUUGCCAUCACACUCUCGGACUAUCAGCAGUUUCUGGAGACCAUUCAGAAGACUAGGGACCCUGAUGAGAAGAUCCUCAGAGACCGCAUUGAGGAGCAAGUCAUCCCCGUCAUCGAAAAGGAAGAAAUGUCCCAUCAGCGACAAAAGGUCAAGCGCGAGAAGGAGCUUGCCAAUAUGGAGCUGCUUGCGGGCGCAAAGCGGUCCAGCCGACUUGCCGGGAAGGCUGAGAAGGAGCGACAAGAGCGCGAGGCCAUUGAAGCAGCGCGCAAGCGGGAAACUGAGUUGGCCGCGGCUAUCAAGGAGGAGGAAAGGCUAAGGAAGCUCGAAACAGAGAGGCGCUCGCGCAUCAUGACUCGUGAGCAGCGCAUCAAGGAUCGCGAGCGCAAGCGUCUUCUGCACGAAAGCGAACUCCAGCGUAUUGAGGAGGAGCACAAGAAAGUCGAGAGAGGCGAGAGUAGAGCAUCUGAGAGACAUCUAAAGGCGGAAAUGGAGAGGUAUCGAAAGGAUCUUGAAGACCUUUCUCAGGAAGAUCAGUGGACUUUUGAUUGCUCGGGCUGUGGUGUACAUGGCCACAACUUGGACGAUGGCUCCCAUAGCGUCGCGUGCGAAAAGUGCAAUGUCUGGCAGCACAGCAAGUGCCUUGGUAUUCUUAAACACGAGGCUGAGCGCGAAGACUUCCAUUUCGUCUGCGAUGACUGCAAACGACGUGAAGAGGAAGCCAAGAGGCCCAAGAUCCCACCGUUGAAAUUCCGAGUCGGCUCUUCUACUUCACCUACCGGCGUCGCCGACGGUGAGCAGAAGAGCAGAGACACCGAGGAACCAUCUCCCGUCCCUGCCAGGAAUCAAACUCAGUUCACGAGCUCAAUGCCGUCAAUCGGGUCUCCUUCAAAACUACCGUCACUACCACACAUGAUUCCUCGGGCUUCUGGUCAAGCUCCUUCCUUGCCCCCAGCAUCACCUGAGCGUCGACCCUCGUCUGCGCAUGCGACUCCAUUCAGUCCUCCUCGGGCUCCAUUUUCUCCGUCGAAGGGCAUCAAUGGAUUUUCCUCGUCGCGGGAACUGCCGCCAAAGCUUCCUUCAAUGCACCUGCCGCCAAAUGGCCGUGAUUCACUCAAUGGUGGUAUCUUCGGACGACGACCAUCGUCAUCUCAUUCGAUUCACAGUCCAACCCUCCCAUCUCCCAUCCAAAAUCGCCCUUCUAUGUCACCGACUCAAGGUAAUCGCGACGUUGGCCCCCUUGCGGGGUUUCCGCCCGUGGCUUCGUCAGAGCAUUCGACUCCAUGGACACCAUACGGCCAGAGUCAGACUCCCCGCCCGAAUACCGGAAACAAUGCGCAACUGUCCUCGAUCAAUAAUGGCCGGCCGUCACUCGUAGCUACACCUACUGGUGGUAGCCGGUCAUCACCGCCCCAGAGCUCACAUGGGAUGUCCUUUUCAGGGAUAAGCCCCACCAAGCAAUCGCCGCGACCUAUGACUUCUGGCAGCAUUGCGGGCGCUCCCGUACUCCCACCGAUCCAAAAACUUGAACCGAGCCCCAAGUUGAUGCGCAGAAGCUCUCCUGACGCGCCAAUUCCGCCACCAAUCAAGUGCAUGACACCAGAGCAAGAAGAACGCAGGCAGAGGGAGAAUGCCUUGCGACAGACUCAGUUGAACGGCCAACAAUCUGGCAUGUCAUCGCCUUCACUUCACCGCAUACCGCCACUGGGACCACCUGUGGUGGCACCCAAGCCUGGUACCUCCUCUCAGCCAGGAUCGAACUAA